AUGCAUCCCCUUCCGUCCUCCCCUCCGACCCCUCCGGCAUCUUCUCCGGCCAUCCUCUCCUUAUCGGAGUUGGUCGACUUCCUCUCUCAACCAGAUCUCAAGCGACCCCUGAGUGAUUUCUUGGUAGGAAGAAUCCCAGCCACCCAGCUGGAAGAAGGGGAAAUCCCCGUCUCAGCCCCCUCAGCGGUCAUGGCUGCCGUCGGCGCCAUCUCUGCCGCCGGGAAGGACUUGCCGCCACCUGCCCAACAACCUGGAAGCUCGUCCAAGAACACGGUCCCGUCCUCAGCUACUUUGGACAGCUCAAGCGAUGCUCCGAUCGCUAACAGCGCCAUCGUCGCCAGUGAUGGAGCUCUUCCGGCGCCUCUGCUUUUUAGCUCUCUGCCGCCGAUGAUGUGUUCGGCCUUUCCCCCGACGGUUCAACCAUCUUUCCCCUUUACCGAAAUGGAGUUGUCUUGUUGUUGCCGGCAUCGCUCGGAGACCCUGCUGCUGCCCCUUGCCGCUCGACACUGUUGCUGCCCCUUGAAGGUUCGCCGCUCGCUAGUCGCCACACGAGCCGAGGUCCCACCGCUCGAGUCGAAGCUUCGAAGGUCUCGCUGUCACCGUCUCUGCCGCUCGAAGGUCGCCGACCAGCCGCACGCCGGGGUUCAGAGAGAGGAAUAA